AUGUCAUUGGCUCGCAUCACCCGCCAGGCUGCUCGCAGCUUGCGUACCACUGGGCCUGCUGAUCUGGCGACACGCACCUCUCGACCUGUGACCCUGGCCGCCAGCGCUGGCCUUGCCCAGCCGUUCAGCACAUCACCAGCCCGCCUCAAGAAGCGCAAGCCCGACGCGCCUUCGAAAUCCUCGCCGGCGGCGGCCUCACCCUCGCCGUCCGGCGGCAGCAAAGGCAAGGCCGCCACCGCAGCCGCCACCGCGGGUGGCGACGACUUUGACCCUCUCGACCUCGACCCCGUCUCGGCCGCCUUUGCCGAAGUCGACGCACACUUCCACACGCAGAUCCAAAACGUGCUCCACGGCGGCCGCUUCAACCCAGACCAGCUCGGCGCGCUCGCCGUCACCGUCAAGCCCGAGCACGCCACCGGCGGCGACGCGGAUGUGUUCCCGCUCCGCGAGCUCGCGCAGGUCGUCCCGCGCGGCGGCCGCACCGUCUCGCUGCUCGUCAACGACAAGGCCUACGUCAAGCCCAUCAUGUCGGCCGUGCAGGCCAGCCCGGACUUCAACCAGCAGCCGCAGCGCGCCGAGGACAACGAGCUGGAACUGCUGCUGCGCGUCGAGAUGGAGCGCCCGGAGGAGCUGGCGCGGCGGGUGCGUGAGGCCGCCCAGGCGUGGCGCGAGCGCGUCCGGCAGGCCCGCACCCGCCACGACAAGGCGCUCAAGGACGCGCGCAAGCGCGGAACGCUGCUGCCGGACGCCCUGAAGAAGGUGGAGCGCGAGGUGCAGAAGCUGCAGGACAAGAAGAUGAAGGAGAUUGACGGCAUCGAGGCGCAGAGCGUCAAGCAGGUCAGCAGGAACUAA